AUGACCGGCUGGGCAGACGAAGUGGCUGAGGACGAAGAUGAGGUCGACGAGGGCCGAAGCGACGGCGAUAUCCUGGGGGAUGUGCAGGACGUCAAUAGGCGGAAUAAGAGGCGUCCGCCGAGACCAGAAGAUGGUAUCCCCUGGGAAGAGCAGUGGGAGACGGACCUGGAGGCGUUCCAGCCCGGGCAGAUGUCCCAAUUCCGCCAGUCCGUCCAAGCGCAUACAGACUGGGUGAAUGAUGUCGUUCUAUGUAACCACAAUCAGACGGUUGUAUCCGCAUCGUCGGACGGUACAGUCAAAGCCUGGUCUCCACAUGCACACUCCCCUUCGGAGCCUGCUAUCGUCGGCGCGCACGAUGAUUACGUUCGGUGUCUAGCUUACUGCCGGGACCGCCAGUGGCUUGCAUCCGCAUCGUUCGACCGCACGAUCAAGAUUUGGGACCCGGCGCGCACGGAGCAGGAUGCUCUGGUGACGCUGAACACACCCGAGGCGUCUGGACCUAAAGCAUCCGUGUACGCCCUGGCUGCUGACCCGUUCGGCUCGGUAAUUGCGUCGGGCUCGCCAGAACGCGUUGUGCGUAUGUGGGACCCUCGCAGCGGCAAGAGGGUCAGCAAACUUGUCGGCCACACGGAUAAUAUUCGCGCCAUUCUUAUCAGUGAAGAUGCUAGAUAUCUCCUGACUGGCUCCGCAGAUGCAUCCGUCAAAUUAUGGUCUCUGGCUACUCAACGCUGUUUGCACACCUUUACACAUCACGCCGAUUCUGUUUGGUCAUUAUUCUCCAACCAUCCGUCUCUCGAGAUUUUCUACUCCGGUGACCGUACCGGCCUUGUAUGCAAGGUUGACGCCGAGGGGUGCACGGAUAUCUCAGAGGGCGAGUGUGUGCUUAUCGCUCAAGAAUCUGACAGCAACGCGCUCAAAGCACUGGAUGGUAUAAACAAGAUAGUCGCAAUGGACGACAACUUGCUCUGGACCGCUAGCGGAAGCUCGAGUAUCAAGCGUUGGCGUGUGCCGCAGCGCAGAGCCGUCCGCGCGAUGGUGCUUGGAAGCGGGUCGGAUGAGAACCUCAACUUCACGACGAGUCCGACAGAUUCACCUCGAGAGCAGCAAUCGUCACCGACGCUGACUAACAAACUGGAUUUCGAACGCGAGGGCGACGAGACGUGGUACGGGCUGCCGUUCGAAAGCCUUGUCAAGCUGACGUCGCCGAACGAAGGCUUCGCCGGAUUUAGCGGCGUAGGCAGAGGUAGGGACCCCGAGGUUGCGACACUCUAUAGCGCGGCGAGUAUUAUGAGCGUGCCAAGGCUGGUGCGGAGCCCCUUACAAGCAGUCUUCUCCGGGAAUACCGCAUCGAACGUCAGCGGUCCGCUGGGCGUCCCGCGCAGCGCUAGCCCCAUCCAGGCAGAUUCGAUCACGGCACAUUCGCGCAUACCGGAGGAGACGUUGCAUCCACGCCGAACAGCGCGAGCGGAGUACGAAGAGCGCGAGAUGGCAUCCGAUGCCGUCCCACUCCGCACUAUCCCGGACGAAGUGAUCCAUGGAGAGCAAGGGCUGGUGCGCUGCGCGCUGCUCAACGACCGCGUACACGCGCUGACAGUCAACAUCGAGGGCGCCGUCGCAGUUUGGGACAUUGUACGCGGCGCGUGCCUUGGGCGAUUUAUCGCCGAAGAUGUUGCAGAGGCAAGCUUCUGCAGCUCAACCUCCUCUUCACAUGGAAGCAAAUACGACUCGCAGGACACCGAGCGCAGUCCGCGCGAAGCUCUCGAGACGGUGAAGGAGCGCGUCGAGGGUGAGGCGGUCGUGGCGAACUGGGCGAGCAUCGACACGAAGACGGGCUUGCUCAGCGUGCACCUGAACGAGCGCUGUUUCGAGGCCGAGAUCUACGCGGACGAGGCGGGCUUCGGUCCCGAGAAACAUUUUGGGGACGAAGCAAGGAUUAACGUGGGCAAGUGGGUGUUGCGUAACUUGUUCAUACACUUCAUACGUGACCAGCAACGUGCCGUUGCAAAACGUACCCGCGAGACGAAUGUCCCAGAAAACCAUAGAAUGCAUCGAGGGGCUGCACCGGGACAUAUUGAUAUUGGAAGCAAUUCGCCCGAACAAACGCGGCUAUCAUCUGAGGCUAAGCGGUCGCCAACGCGCAGCAAGAGUACGGUGGUCGUAGCCUCUCCGAACAUGGUUCCCGCUGUGACACCGAGCAUCACGACCUCCACGGGAUCUUCGCCUCUUAUACCGCCGAUGAUACCCAUUAACGCUUCCUUACGAGACCCCUCGGCUCUGUCUCCGAUACCACAGUCGCCAUUAAGCACUACUAAUACGCCUAUGCCCCGGCGGUCUGCGACAGUGGAUUACGGCGUGCCAGCAGCUAUGCGUGAAAACGACUACUUCUCACUGCGGGGACGGAGACCGAGUAUGUCUGCACCACCGCCUGUGCCUGUGCCGCCGUCACCCGAUGACUUCGGCAGCUGGGGCGCACCGGCCACGAAGGCAUCGGACUCUAACCUGUCAACGCCUAGUACGCCAGGCAGACUUAUGGGGCGCCUCAAGGCCUUUGGGAAGACGCAAAAAAAGAGUAGCACGGACACACCGGGCGCCGCUACGCCUGGAACGAACCAAACUACCGAGCCGGCGACCCCUGCUACGCCGUUGCAAACGCUGUUCGCAGCACCACUUAACCCGCCGUCAUCAAACGAGGCGCCGUCAAUCCCGAUUCCGCCGCACACGUCGAUCCUCAUCUCAGAAGAAUGCCCGUCGGGCUGGGCAACGUUAUACCGCGGGCAGGUGUCGAGCACAGGUCAGGACGCGCGGACGCUUGAAGAGAUGAUGCCGUUUUGGCUGCUCGAGUACCUCUUUGUGAAUAGGAUCCCGCCAAUCCCGACGAUCAAGGUCAGCUUCGUGCUUUUGCCGUACCAAAGCAAGGAUCCCAAUGAAGAUCAGCUGCCGGAGUUAUUAAAUACGGCGCAAUCGAAGCUGACGGCGAGCCGCUUCUUAAGAGUGAGAAAGCUCACACAUCAUGUGCAUGACAAGCUCGAAAAAAUCAGCAAUACAGGCUCGCGCACAGCAACGCCCCGUUCAUCGAUGGACGCCCGCUCGCUUGCGUCGCUCAGCAAGCAGCUCUCACGCACGGACAGCGACUUGCGCCUGCGGCCCGAGGACCAGUUCGAGAUUCUCUGCAAUGAGACGGUCCUUCCGCUCGACAUGACUCUCGCGUCUGCACGGCAGUUUGUGUGGAAACAGUCGGGCGAGCUCGUCAUGUAUUACCGGCGGAAGAAAGCCGCUCACGAGCAGCCAUCCGUUCCGACCGUCGGAUCUCAUCUCACUGUUGGACACCCGCGCCCUGGCCAGUCUCAUGUGUAA